CGGGGGCCGCCGGCGCCGGAGGAAGUCGGCGCUCGGCCGGAAGCCGGCAUGCGGAGGGCGGGCAGGGGGCGUCGCCGGGGCCCCGCCGUCCGCCGCGGCUCUGGCCGCCGCGCCCAUGGCCCUGCGGGCGCCCAGGGGGCAGGGGCAGGACGAGGAGGAGGGAGCGGAGGAGGAGGCGGCGGCGAGGGGCAGCCAGGCGCGGGCCAGGAGCCUUGCGGAGCCCGCGGCGAGCGGCGGCAGGAGCCAGGACCGGCAUGAGAGGAAGCGGAAGAGGCAGGAGGCGCAGCAGCUCCAGAAGAUCCAGCACCUGGAGUCUUUCUAUGAGAAACCUCCCCCUGGGCUAAUUAAGGAGAAUGAAACAAAACCAGAAGACUGCAUACCUGAUGUACCAGGCAAUGAAAGCGCACGAGAAUUCCUGGCACAUGCCCCAACAAAAGGGCUUUGGAUGCCUUUGGGAAAAGAAGUCAAAGUUAUGCAGUGUUGGAGAUGUAAACGUUAUGGACACAGAACAGGAGAUAAGGAAUGCCCAUUCUUUAUUAAAGGCAAUCAGAAAUUGGAGCAAUUUAGAGUAGCACAUGAAGAUCCAAUGUAUGAUAUAAUAAGGGAAAAUAAGCGUCAUGAAAAAGAAAAGAGGAUACAGCAACUGAAGCAGCUCCUGGAGGACUCUACCUCAGAAUCUGAUAGCAGCGAUGACAGUGAUGAAGAUGAUGAAGAUAGCAGCAGCUCCACUUCCUCAGAACAUAAACACAAGAAGAAAAAGAGAAAAAAGGAAAAGAAAAAGAAAGAAAAGAAGAAGAAGAAAAAGAGGAAGCGUAAAUCAUCCAAAUCUAAUGACAAGUCAGGAUCUGACUGACAGCAGUCACCUGCUGCAUGUUCAUUGACCUCUCUAUUUUUUGUGAACUGCGAGGAAAGAUCCAAAGAAUGAGGAGGAAAACACCAGAAAGGGCUUUAUUAAACUUGAAACAUACAUAUGUGUGCAUACAGCAUCCUACACUGGCAUCCUCUUCUGCCCCUCUGCAGCCAGAAAGAAGAAAGCUGCAUUAAAUCAUAUCAUUGUGCUGUAAAACCCAUGCUGAGGGUCAUCCAGCUUGGUCAGAUGGGGCCUCUGCAUUGCUGCCUGUGACCAGCAGCAGAAAGCAGCGACCACCAAGGGAUCACCAACAAACCUGUAGCAUUAGCAGACUGUCUGUGGAAGUGUCUUUACUCUGUGAAGUUAUUUUAUUAUAUACAAAGCCUCAUUGUAACAGGAGUGCAGUCUGCACCAUGCAGAGCACUGAGGGCUGCCUUACAGUGCUUGUAAAGAGCAGGUUGUACUGUAUUUCCUUCUGCGCAUACGUGCUGAACUUCUGUGUACCUAUCCUAAUAUUGGCAGCUAGGGAAAUAAAGAGUUCUGCUGCAGGGGAAAAAAGAUAAUCAAGGGGAUUUACUUUAAGACAAAAUUGCAGCAUCAGCAAGACUUGAUUUUUUUUUGGUGUGUGUGUGUAACAAAAUCUCAAUAUCACCAUCAUUAAUGCACAGUUCUGAAACACUUGAAGUGAAACAUUUACAGUGUCUAAACCAUAGAAGUGGGAGCCAAGUGUAAUGAUGUUAAAUAUUCAAUUUAACUGUAAAGAGGUAGUAGGUUUCGUUUUAAAAAAGGGGGUUCCAUGUAAGAAAUUAAAAAGAUUGAUUUCUGCAUAUUCUGCAGUAUCAAUGAUUUUGAUAAAAGUUGAGGGAGGUUUCCUUUUUUAAAGGCUUGGGGGUAAUAAAUUCCCACUUUUUAUGCUUACUAGA